AUGUACUUCUCGCACGCCCUCGUCGUCGCCUUCGCGACCUCCAUCUCCGCCCACGCCGUAGUCACCGAGAUCCAGGGCGCAAACGGCGUCACCAUGCCCGGGCUAACCAUCCAAGAUGGAACCCCACGCGAUUGUUCUUCAAACGGCUGUGGCUCCCAAGCCGACACAGCCAUCAUCCGCGACCGCGACAUUGCAAGCGGCAAGGCCACACCCCUCGGCCGCACCCAGGGCAACGGCCCCGUCGACGCCUCCGUCAUGCUCGCCGCCUUCAUGGGCAACGGGGCGGCACCGCCCGCCAACAGCGGCGCAUCCGGUAGUGUCGGUGUCGAAGACAACAUUCCCCAGAGUGCACGGGGCCAGGCCGGGCAGAAACGCCAGCUCCUAGCCGGUCUGCUGGGGGGCGGGCGUAAUGGCGGGAAAAAGGGUGGUGCGGCGGCUGGGGCGACGGGGAUCGCGGGACUGUUGGGUGGAGGUGGGGAUAAGGUGGAUGGGCCGCCUGAGGCGAGGGUUGCUGCUGCCAUGGGGGCCGGGGCUUCGACGGGGCUGCCUACGUGUGCGGAGGAUGGGACGGUGACUAUGACGUUGAGACAGAUCAACCAAGACGGCGCAGGUCCCUUCACCGCAGACGUAGACGGCACAUCCGGCGGGACCGACGAAUCCGUCAUGCAAUCCGCCACCGUGACAAAGGACGUCCCCGGCCUCGGUGUGCAAGGCAUCUCGCUCGCCACAAACACCGAGUUUGAAAUGACGGUGCAGAUGCCGGCUGGCAUGACGUGCGAUGCGACUGUGGCUGGUACUCCCAAUGUCUGCGUCAUGCGCGUUCGCAACGGCGCUGCGGCGGGGCCGUUUGGUGGCUCUGUUGCGUUUACGCAGAAUGCGGCGGCGCGCAAGCGUGCGGUUGCGUAUAGGCUGAGGAAGCGGAUGGAGUUGAGCCGGGGGAACUAG